CCUGCGAGGGAGGGCGCUGGGGGCGGGCAAGGGGAGGCGGGGGUGGGGGUGGGGGUCCUGCCUGCGGGGGGAGCCGGGGCGGCCCUUGUCCGGCCACCCCCACUGCCCAGUCCCGCUCCCGGCCGCGGCGGCCGCAGCAGCCGCAGCAGUAGCGGCUCCAGGAUGGUGAGCGCCGCUGCCCCCCAGCCCCGGCCUGUCGCCCCCUGCCCGCGCCCCGGCCCCGGGGCCGGACGCCCCCCCAGGCCGCGCACACUCACCUAGGACCCGGCCGGGAUGCCGAGCUCUGUCGAAGAUGCACUGGACACCGGAACACGCCCAGCCCCUCAACCAGUGGCCAGAGCAGCACCUGGACGUCUCCUCCACCACCCCGUCGCCGGCCCACAAGUUGGAACUGCCCCCUGGGGGUCGCCAGCGCUGCCACUAUGCUUGGGCACACGACGACAUCUCUGCCCUCACUGCCUCCAACCUCCUCAAGCGCUACGCAGAGAAGUACUCGGGGGUCCUGGACUCACCCUACGAGCGCCCCGCCCUGGGCGGCUACGGCGACGCCGCCUUCCUCAACGGCGCCAAGGGGGACCCCGAGCCCUGGCCUGGGCCGGAGCCGCCCUACCCUCUGGCAUCGCUCCACGAGGGCCUCCCGGGGACCAAGUCGGGCAGCGGGGGCGGCUCCGGGGGCCUCGGGGGCUCUCCGGUUCUAGCCGGGAACCUGCCUGAGCCGCUCUACGCCGGCAAUGCGUGCGGGGGCCCGUCGGCGGCGCCCGAGUACACGGCGGGCUACGGCGGGGGCUACCUGGCCCCGGGGUACUGCGCGCAGGGCGCCGCCGCGCUGCCGCCGCCGCCCCCCGCCGCGCUGCUGCAGCCCCCGCCGCCGCCGGGCUACGGCCCCUCGGGGCCGCUCUACAACUACCCCGCGGGGGGCUACGCCGCGCAGCCGGGCUACGGCGCCCUGCCGCCGCCGCCGCCGGGCCCGGGCUCCUACCUGACCUCGGGGCUGCCGGCGCCCACGCCCCUGGCCGCGCCAGGCCCACCCCGGCCCGCGCCCGCCCCCUACGCCUUCCCGGAGGGUGGCGUGUCGCUGAAACGCAAGGCGUCCGACGAGGGCGCCGACGGCCGCUACCGCAAAUACGUCUACGAGCCCGCCAAGGCCCCGGCGGCCGACGGCGCCCCCUACCCCGCGGCGGACAACGGCGACUGUCGGGGCAACGGGUUCCGGGCGAAGCCGCCGGGCGUCGCCGAGGAGGCGUCGGGCAAGUACGGGGCCGGCGUCCCGCUCAAGGUCCUGGGCUCCCCCGUCUACGGCGCGCCCCUCGAGCCCUUUGAAAAGUUCCCAGAGCGCGCCCCGGCGCCGGCUCCCCGCGGGGGCUUCGCCGUGCCGUCGGGGGAGCCUCCCAAGGGCGUGGACCCGGGCGCCCUGGAGCUGGCGACGAGCAAGAUGGUGGAGUGCGGGCCCCCGGUGCAGUGGGCGGACGUGGCGGGCCAGGGCGCGCUCAAGGCGGCGCUGGAGGAGGAGCUGCUGUGGCCCCUGCUGAGGCCGCCCGCCUACCCCGGCAGCCCGCGCCCGCCGCGGACCGUGCUACUCUUCGGACCGCGCGGCGCCGGCAAAACACUGCUGGGCCGCUGCCUGGCCACGCAGCUGGGCGCAACGCUGCUGCGCCUGCGCGGGGCGACGCUGGCCGCGCCGGGCGCCGCCGAGGGCGCGCGCCUCCUCCAGGCCGCCUUCGCGGCUGCGCGCUGCCGCCCGCCGGCCGUGCUGCUCAUCAGCGAGCUGGACGCCCUGCUGCCGGCCCGGGACGACGGCGCCGCCGCGGCGGGCGCGCUGCAGGCGCCGCUCCUGGCCUGCCUGGAUGGCGGCUGCGGGGCCGGGGCCGACGGCGUGCUGGUCGUGGGCACCACGUCGCGGCCCGCGGCCCUGGACGAGGCCACCCGCCGGCGCUUCGCGCUCCGCUUCUACGUGGCGCUGCCCGACGGUCCGGCCCGCGGGCAGAUCCUGCAGCGGGCGCUGGCCCAGCACGGCUGCGCGCUGAGCGAGCGGGAGCUGGCGGCCCUGGUGCAGGGCACCCAGGGCUUCUCCGGGGGCGAGCUGGGCCAGCUGUGCCAGCAGGCGGCGGCCGGGGCGGGCCUCCCAGGGCUGCAGCGCCCCCUCUCCUACAAGGACUUGGAGGCGGCGCUGGCCAAGGUGGGCCCUCGGGCCUCCGCCAAGGACCUGGACUCGUUGGUGGAGUGGGACAAAAUGUAUGGCUCCGGACACUGACGGCGGCUGCGGACAUUGACUGCGGCCUCCGGGGAGGCCGCUGGAGCCGCCGCCUCUUCCUCCCUCCCUCCCUGUGCCCUCCGUUUGGGAGGGAUGUGUUUAACCAAACCGGGCUGGGAGGGCGCCCGAGUGAGGAAUGUGGGGUGGGUCCGCGGGGCGGGGGGGGGGGGGGGGGGGGGGAGGCUGCCGGUGGAUUUUUUUCGUGGGAAGGAAAAUGCUUCUGCUAGGCAGAUAGAUGCCAUAUGCGCUGUGUACUCAGGUUUUUCCUAUUUAUUGUGGACGGGAAGCUUGCCAUCUCCGCCCCAGGGACGGGCAGAUCCGGGGCCUAAGGAACUCCUGCUCUCUCGCCACAAUCCUUUUGUCUCCUCGCUGUCUGAAUGGCUCCCCUGCUUUCCCCCACUCCCCUCCCCCUUUGCAUCGCGUAGUUUUCUGUCCCCUUCGCUUUGUCACCCGCCCGCCCCCUCCCCCUUUGCUGGCCCUGUUCUCUUUUGCUUCUCUCUCCCCUGUCUCUAUCCAUCACCCUCUGUGCUUCCUUCUCUGUUCUGCUCUCCAGCCUCUCUGUGUCUUGGUGCCUCUCCCUGCCUUCUGUCCCUCUCAUUCAAAGACUGCAGUGUCCCUUUGCAGGAGAUCUGGAGGUCCAGGGGCUGGGGAGGAGCGGGUAGGGAGUUCCCUCCCACCCUGUUAUCCCUCACCCAGCUGACACCUUGGGUCUGAGAGGGUCAAGCAAAAAAACAAAAACAAAAAAAACAAAAAAAAGAACACCCAAAGAAGGGUUUUUUGUUGUUUGUUUUUGAGGGGGAAAUCCCAGAAAUGUAGCUUGUUCAAUAUUUUAGGCCUCUUAUUUUUGUAAGAUGUGUAGAAUUUGCUGUUUUUCUUUUUAUUUUGACAACUCAGGAAGAAACUGACCUCAGAAAGAAUGUUAGUUUUUGGCUGCUCUCCUGUGUGUCCCUACUCGGACUGGCCCCAACCCCCACCCCCCUCCCCGCCCCCCCAGCAGAUUCUCCCGGAAGACUCAGAAAGUGAGAGACUUUCGGCGAGGGCAGAGGAAGACCAGAGGCCACGCAGAAACCCCUCCUCUUCCUGGGAUAGAAGCAGAAUGUAUUUCUAGGGCUUCCCCAGCAGGUCCCAGGUUGUAGGCAGGGGUGUGGAGGAGGGGGUGGUGGGACUGGAGAGGAAGGUCUUGUUCCCGUCCCAUGGCUCUCCUCGCCGGGCCCCAGCCCUCAGCUGUGUUUUCUGUGAAGGGUUCUUUAUCCAGAGUUGGGAUGCCCGUGCCCACCUCCUGCCCCAGACCCACAAAGUAGGCUGAAAGGGCCCACACGGGACGAUGACCCCGGCAGAAACUCCCCAUAGAGGUCAUCUCGCUGGCCCUUGCCUAGGCAGAAGUCUCCUGUAGCUUAUGCCAAGAGGAUUCCCUCAGGAGGGCAGACAGUCUGGCCACAAGGCUGGCUGGCAAAAAGCUGAUUACAGACUCAGCCUCCCCCAUCUGCUGGGGAGCUCUGAGGAGGACUGAGCAUUUUAGAAGGUUCUAUGGGGAAGUGUGUCUCUCCCUUUCUCCCAGGGUCCUAGAGCUGAGCUCCAGGGGCUGUGAGAGGGUAUGGAGAUGGGCAGGCUGUUUAUCCCUGACAGUGGGGGCUUGUUCUCAGCCCCACCCAGACUUCCCACCAGAAGCCCAGGCAUGGGGGCCGUCCUUGUGGGAACCAUAUUCCUCUCCUUCCCACCAACUUCCCAAUGGGACUUCAGCCAUUUGUCCCCUUCCCCUCAGGGAGCCCAUUUCACAACUCUGACGUUUGGUCCAAAGGAGGCGAGGGACCAGCCCACACCCUUACCUCUUUUCUCUCCAGCUCCAGCCUCCGGCCCUGUGUCCCGCUGGCCUUAGAGCUCCGGCAGUCUCUGUACCUCUCCCACUCCCAGCUGGAAGGGUGUUCGUGGGGCACGUUUCAGGUGCCAAGGUGCUGAGGGCCUGGUGCUCGCCCAGGAGUGCGAACAGGAAAGCUGCUCUGUUUUUUCCCCUUGGUCUCUGGCCCUCUUCUCCUCAGAGCUGGCUCACUGCAGGCCUUCGGCAGCCCAGAAGCAGUGGGCCGCGGGGUCUUGUCUGUGAAAGGCCCUGGGAGGGAGCAGGGAGCGAGGAGGUCGUCUCAGGUGUGUGUGUGUAUGUGGGGGGUGGCGGAAGGCAUCAGGGAAGUGGGGUUGGGAUCCCAGCCUUCCCUUCAAGAGGCAGGCGGCUCUGGGGGUUGGGGAAGAGCUCACUGACCGAGACCCAGGGCCCCCACUGCCUCCUCUGCUGGCCUUGGGGAACUUUGCACAAGGAGACAGCCCCCAGUCUACUAGCACCUACCUCAUGGGCACUGGGGUGGGUGGGGAAGGGCAGGUCCAGCUCGGCAGUGUUGGGGGGGGGCAUACCAAAGAAUCCAGGGGCAGGGAUUGGGGGGGGCAGACUCGCAAGCUGGCCCUCUCCUUCCUCUACCCAGAUUGGGGUUGGGGUCCCCUCCUUCAGCUGUAACCAUUUCUACCUCAUUUUGCUGCGUGUUGUACAUGGACGUAUUUAUCUCCUGUCUGACGAUGCUCUGCAGUUGUGGUCUGUCUACCUCAGAAGAGACUGUAUUUUAAAAGAAAGUAUUACACAGUAUUAA